ACAGCCUGGUAUAAAAACAGUUUGGGUCUCUAGAGCUCAUUUCUCUCUUCAACUGUAUGGGCUGAAUGUUUAUACAACUCACCAGUAUACAUUAUAUUAAGGCUGGAAGAAGAUAUUUACCUUUUAUCUGUGCUGGGUUUGUUUGAAGCUCUGAAUAAAUUUUAUCUAACCAGGAAAUUUACACCUGAUUGUUAACAGUUAAAUACAUUCAAUACAUCUGUGACUGAUGACAUCACUCAGGUGGGUCAUUGUGUGCCUGCUCAGGUUAAUGAUCACACUCUGACAGCAUCAAUGCACAAAGGUCAAAACUGAGGGAGGCCACACACAGUUUUACCUUUACAGACACACAUACCCGAGAGAGACUCGCUCACACAUGAGAGACACGAUUAUACCUGAGAGAAACAAUUAUACCUGAGAGAAACGAUUAUACCUGAGAGAAAGAGGUUUAUACACCUAUCACAGACGCACACACGGGGGGACAGUCCAGAGGCCGGGAGUACUGUCAUCAUGGCUGUGGUCACAGAGCUGCAGAAGAUAGGGAUGGGACUGAUGGGGUUCGGGAUGUUCUUCCUGCUCUUUGGUGUGUUGUUGUACUUUGAUUCAGUCCUGCUGGCUUUUGGGAAUGUCUUGUUCCUGAGUGGUCUGAUGUUGAUCGUGGGCGUGAGGAGGACGGCUCAAUUCUUCUUCCAGAGACACAAAUUUAGAGGUUCCUUCUUCUUCCUGGGGGGCGUGGCCUUGGUGCUCUGCCGCUGGCCAAUCAUCGGCAUCCUGGUGGAGAGUUACGGCUUUGUGCUUUUAUUCAGGUCAUUCUUCCCGAUGGCUCUGAGCUUUGUGCUGUCAGCUGUCAACAUCCCGUUUCUUAAUGCAAUGCUCCCCAGCAGCUCGUCGAUGGUCUGAGCCGUGAAGAAGGAGAAGUGACGCUUACCCCCUAACCUCUAACCCCCUAACCCCUGACCCUUCAUAAGUUUACAUUCAAAACCAUCAGACAAAUAAAAUAAUGAUUUAUAAAUAUUUAACUUUCUCAUCUGCAGGCUGAUUUCUGAAUCUUCAGACCUUGUGUAACACCAGAGUCAAAUUAUAAUGUGUAUGAAUGUUUUUAAAUCUAGAUAUUAAAAUGAAUUUUACAUUCA